UUAUCUUUUUCUCCAUCUUCAGCUAACGCGAACGGAAUCCACAAUCCUCUCUCUCUCUCUCUCUCUAGAACAACAUAUUCAACAACGCAGCGUCUCUCUCUCUAUAACGAACCCUUACCCCUCUAUCGCAUUCGAAACCUGUGGAUUGAUUGAUUUAUUUGAACCAUUAAUCGCUUCUGGAUUCUUCGUUUGAUUCUCCGUACUACGAACUAGAUAACGUUUUACCGAUCCGAGUAAUUUUGAAUAUGGCCGAUUCUAGGAAGCGAUACGCCGGAGACGAUCAUCCCGACGAUGCGUCGGAUACAUCGUCGUCCACCGUCGAUUCUCGAUCUAACGGCGCCGCUGGAUCCGACGAACGCGAGGCUGGAGUUUCUUCAGAUCCGUUGACCGAGCAAGGCGGACGAGGCUUUCUCCUGGGAGAGGAUAGGGUUCUGAGGUGGUUGCAGGCGUUGGAUAUGCAAGUCCUCGGAGCUUGUCGAGGCGACGAGAGGUUGAAGCCGUUGUUGAAGAUGGAUGUAUCUAACGGUGUGGCUGAAGAUCGAUUGCUCGCUCAUCUUAGCCAGCACUUUGAGCCAGCGGAAAUCGGUAUGCUGGCGAGAUGUUUCUGCAUACCAUUGGUUUCGCUUCGCGUUGGGAAGAUCAGCAAGGAAGGGUCCCUAAUGCGCCCCUCUCCUGUUAGGGGCAACUUGAGCCUUAUGGUCCUGCCAACAUCAGACUUGCGACUCUCAUUUAUUGGAGACAAUGGCCACUCAGAGCAACUCUUCACUUAUGCCAACAAAUCUCAGUGCUCUGCGGUGUCAAUUGAGGAGAUAUCUGCAGACAGCUCCGGUAGAUCAUUUGUUAUAAGGAUCGCAGAUGGCAGCACUUUUUACUAUUGGUGCUCAGAGAAGUCAAAACUUCUAGGAAUUGAACUGCGUAGGAAGAUGGAUGAAUUGAUCAAGAAGAAGCCAUCAGUCUCAGAACUAACUGGAAUUGAAGAAUCUCGUCUUGGCUCUGUUGCGUCUCAUCUCCGUUUGUAUCUCAUGGGUUCGGUGGUACCUAACAACAAAGGUUGUCUGGUCCCAACUCCUGAUGCAUCAUCGUCUUCUGGCUCUUCUGAAACAAGUGCUUCCUCCUCUGCUACUGCAUCAUCAAUUCGGGCGUGCCACUCUGGGACGCAACUAUCAAAGACACAUGGAAGCCUCAGCUCUACGUCAAGUUCCUUCAAAGAAAACACACCGAGAGACUCUUAUCUACAUAUCUCCAACAGAGAUGAACCAAAACAAUGCAGUGAAGGCCAUUUCUCGAUCUUAGAUAGUUUGCCCAUUACCUCCGUCCCCACCGGUGCAGGAGGAGAAGGUGAAGAAGCAGCAGCUGAUAGUAAUGGAAUCAGUCAAAUUCUCUUUUCUGAAGCAGCGGACUUAGGACUAAGUACACUGACCUUGCCGCCACAGUUUCCUAUGAAGAUGGGUCCACCAGUGUUUUCACCAUAUUACUGUUGGUGUCCUCCGAGCACUUCAUCGAUUCACGCACCAUCUGCUUCUUAUCAGUUCCCUCCACUAUCCAUCGAGCUACCUUUGCUUCCACCUCUUUCCUCCUUACUGCCAUCAUCAGGAUCAGAUGGGUUCUUGAUUCCAUCAUCACCACUCGAUCUCUCUGACAUCCCUCCAUUGCCUUUAGUCCACCACAUACCCAUACCUGGCCCAUCAUCAUCAUCCUCAUCUUCCCAGCAGCAGAUGAUGAUUCCUAUAAUGUGCGACCCUAUCGUUCACAUUCCGGUUAUGGAUAUAUGCUCGUCGGGUCAAGCCUAUCUGGUAAGCGCUGGACCUACCGGGAUGAUACCCACGGGGAUGCCUCCACUCCCGGUGGAGAAUGAGUCGCUGGUGGAGAAAGGAGCAAGAGAGACGCUGAGAUUGCUCAUAAGCGGAGCCAAUGCAACAACCACGGCUCCUUUGAAUCACCACCACGGAAGCAGAGGUCUGUACAGUGGAACAAGGGAUGUGAGUGGAGUGAGCUUGUUUGCACCCAUUGGGCUGAACCAACCAAGUGCAAGUGACGGAGGAGAUGGUAGUGGUGAGAGUGUGAGCUCAGGCGAAGCAGUGCAUGUUCCUCCCAAAGAAACUUCUGGUUAGUGUUUUUUUUUGCGGUUCUUUGUAGCAAGUGUUUUUUCCAAAAUGGUAAUCUAAAAAAAAGUGUAUAGAAAGAGGGGGCUUGUGUGAAACUCAUCCCUCGCUUUGUUCUUUGGUUUUUGUUCAGCCGAACUCUUUUGUUAUAAGGUGUAAUUAGUCUAUUUUUUUUCUUAUGUGUAGCUUGGUUUUUAUC